ACAUUUGGAGCGCAGAAGGCAUCCUGCGCUCCUUCCAGACAAGCUGCAAAACUCUGACCAUGGCCAAGAUGGAACUCCCGACGGGCCUCACUGGCCAACGGACAUUCCUAUCUGCCGUCCUCAACCUGCUGUCACUCAGCCUCCCCACAGCAUACCUGCUCAGCAGCUACUGGUUUGUGGACACACAGAAGGUGCCCAAGCCCCUGUGCGGAAAAGGUCUGGCAGCCCAGUGCUUUGAUGUGCCAGUGCCCGUGUAUGGGGGCAGGACCAACACAGCAUCCCAGGAGGUGGUACAAUGCAGCUGGGAGACUGGGGAUGAGCGCUUCUCCUUCCGUACCUUCUGGAGCGGCAUGUGGCUAUCCUGUGAGGAAACCGUGGAAAAACCAGGGGAGAGGUGCCGAAGUUUCAUUGAACUCACACCACCAACCGAGAGAGGUGAGAAAGGACUACUGGAAUUUGCCACGUUGCAAGGCCCACGUCACCCCACUCUCCGAUUUGGAGGGAAGCGGUUAACGGAGAAGGCUUUCCUCCCCCACCCUCCCUUGGGGCUUGUGGCAAAGAUCCUAUGGUUAUCAGAGGGAGCCCAGUUCGUCUACAUCGGACUUGAACUCAUUAGCUUCCUCCUCCUGCUAGUGGACUUGCUGUUCACGGGGAACCCGGGCUGCGGGCUCAAGCUGAGCGCCUUUGCAGCUAUCUCCUCCUUCCUGUCAGGUGUGCCCCAGAGCUGGAGAGGGUGGCUGUCCUCUGCUGCCUUUGAAGCAUUAGCUGGCAGGCUGGAGUGUCCAGAAGGGAGGGUGGAGGCGCCCAAAGGCAGCAUAAAGAACGGAGGCCUUCUGGGGAUAGUGGCCCAUAUGCUGUAUUCACAAGUCUUCCAGGCAACUGCCAACUUGGGUCCAGGAGACUGGCGGCCACAUGCUUGGAAUUAUGGAUGGGCCUUUUACACGGCCUGGGUUUCCUUCACCUGCUACAUGGCAUCAGCUGUCACCACCUUCACCACAUACACCAAGCUGGUGCUGGAGUUCAAGUGCAAGCACAGGAAAAGCUUCAAAGGAAACCUGAGCUGCCUGCCACAUCAUCACCAGUGCUUCCUCCAGCAGCUGUCAUGUGCAGCCCACCCAGGGGGACCUCUGACCAGCUACCACCAGUACCACCAUCCGCCCACCUGCUCUGUCUCUGAAGGAGUUGACUUCUUCGCAGAGCUACACAACAAUGAAUUCCCACAAGGCACCAGCCAGGGCCUAAAAGAAGAGCUGGCUGGGUCACGUGUAGAGGAAGAAUGGUGGUAGCAGUAUGUGGGUUUGGAGAGCAGGCUGAGCCCAACCUUACAUGUGUGCUUGUUAUCAACAUGUGUUUAAACCAAAGUCUGUUUGUUGGGCAUGGUUUUUAGAGGUUAAGAAUAAGGGUAUGCUACAGGAGGAGUCCAAAGGCACAGUGUCAGGGGCCACUGUCCCUGCUCCUUCACAGCUCUGCCUCCUUUCACUAUUCCCCACCUAUUGCGUUCAGAAUUCCCUUCUCUCUCUUACUGACUGCUUAUUAUGUGCCAGGUCCUGGACGAAGCAAUGAAGAUAAAGAGCAAAGUAAAAUGCAGUUCCUGCCUUUUCAGGGCUAAUCAAUCUGGUCAUGUCUGGGAUCUGGUGAAAUGGAGGUGGGUAAAUCAGCAGAUGAUUGUGGCUCAACCUUCCAUGAUGCACUCGAAUUUCCUAGAAGUCACGGAAGGGAAGAUGAAGUCGCUUUGACACGUAUAACAUGUCCUCCACACUGCCUAUUACAUGUCCUGCAUCCAAAGAGUGGGUA